CCAGGGCAGAGCGAGAGGCAGACUGCAAAAGGGUUCCCGGGCCAAGUCUGCUGCCCAGCUUGACCCGAAGAGGGCCGUGACAUCAUGUAUGCAGGAAGAGAGCACAAAUGAUAUGGAAUGUGAGCAUCUGCCAGCAGAGACGCUGCGACAAGUGACCAUUCGCCGAGACCCUAUAUAUGGCUUCGGCUUCGUGGCCGGCAGUGAGAGGCCUGUGGUGGUUCGCUCUGUGAGGCCAGGAGGCCCCUCUGAGGACAAGCUCCUGGCUGGUGACCAGAUUGUGGCUAUUAAUGAGGAGGACGUGAGUGAAGCCCCCAGGGAGAGGUUCAUAGAACUCAUCAGGACUGCGAAGGAAUCCAUCGUUCUUACAGUUCUGCACACUCAUCAGUCCCCUAAAUCAGCCUUCAUUAGUGCUGCGAAGAAGGCCAAGCUGAGGUCCAACCCUGUGAAGGUUCGAUUUUCUGAGCAGGUAGCAGUUGGAGAAACAGAAGCAAAAAUGAUGAAGAAGGAAGCCCUCCUCCUCAUCCCCAACGUCCUGAAGGUUUUCUUAGAAAAUGGGCAGAUCAAAUCAUUCACUUUUGAUGGCCGGACCACUGUUAAGGAUGUGAUGGUGACAUUACAGGACCGUCUCUCCUUAAGGUAUAUUGAGCACUUUGCUCUUGUCCUCGAGUAUGCUGGGCCAGAACAGAAUCACAAGUUCCUGCUGCUCCAAGACAAGCAACCCCUGGCUUAUGUGGUUCAGCGGACACACUAUCAUGGAAUGAAAUGCCUCUUCCGAAUAAGCUUCUUUCCCAAAGACCCUGUGGAGCUGCUGCGUCGGGAUCCUGCUGCCUUCGAGUACCUAUACAUCCAGAGUCGGAAUGAUGUUAUUCGAGAACGCUUUGGAAUGGACCCCAAGCCAGAGAUGCUUUUGGGCCUGGCUGCCCUCCACAUCUAUAUCACAGUCUCAGCCACCCGGCCUAGCCAGAAGAUCUCACUCAAGAAUGUGGAGAAGGAGUGGGGCCUGGAACCCUUUCUUCCUCCCUCCCUCCUGCAAGGCAUCAAAGAGAAGAACCUUCGGAAAUCUCUCUCUCAGCAGCUGAAGGCUCACCAAACACAUCCUUCUAGUGGCACCAAGGGUUCUGCAGUCCAGGCAAAGCUCCAGUACCUUCGAAUUCUGAAUGAACUUCCGACCUUCACAGGCGUCUUGUUCAACACUGUGGGCCUGGAUGAAAAGCAGUCAGCCACCACUCUCCUGGUGGGACCCCGUCAUGGCAUCAGCCAUGUUAUUGAUCUCAAAACCAAUCUCACCACUGUGCUGUCCGAGUUCAGCAAGAUCAGCAAGAUCCAGCUGUUCCGGGAGAACCAGAGUGUGGCCCGUGUGGAGACCAGCAUCAUGGACGCCAAGCCUCUAGUUCUGUUGAUGGAGUGGCCUGAAGCCACCAACUUUGCCUGCCUGAUUGCUGGGUACUGCCGCCUCCUGCUGGAUUCCAGGAAGAUGGUCUUCUCCAGGCCUGCCAGCCAACCCCUUCCACCUCCAAUGAUCAAGGCAGAUUACAUGCACAGUGCCCACCGCCCUGUCACUGGGGGCCACCUGGGGAAAAAGGAGAGUAGUUAUGUGGGCGGCAUGGGCACCAGCCCCAGGAAGUCGAGCCGCUGCACGCCCCCACCUGCCGACUCUGAGCUUGUCAGCUUCUGCUACCUCCAUAUGCGGGAACAAAGGAAAGAGCAGGAAAGCCGGACAGAUGUCAAUGAGAACCUAAUCUUCUUUGAGGAGACCAGGCCCCGGACCAAGUCUGACCCCACUUCCAAAAGCUCUGGCCAAGGUUACCAUGUAGUCCCUGAUGACUUUGAUGCAGCCAGCUUAGACCACGAGCCUUGUGCCAGCAGGGCCCGGUCCUACACCUUGGACAAUUCCCUUGGGGCUGAAGCCCUGAAUUUCUAUUGUGACUCUUGCAAAACCAAACUCCAGGAGCAACUAGGCCCUCGCAAAGGUGGGAGGCCUGGCUCUUCUCGUGACAAUAUUGUAGACUUGAUGUCCCUCCCACCACCCGGGAGUGAGGAGGAAGAGGAAGAAGAAGAUGAGACAACUUCUCUGUUGCCUGCCAUUGCCGCUCCACCCCCUGGUUUUCGAGACAACAGCUCAGAUGAGGAUGACCCCAAGCGCCGGGCUGUCCAAAGCCAGGAACAGGGACGCCACCUGCGUGGGCUCUUGUAUGAUGAGAUUCCAGUGACACUGAUUGACAGUGUGCAGACCCGGACAGUCAGAGAUCAUGCCCAGGAGCUAGAUGAUGCCUUGGUGUCCACUCUGCAGGCUCUGGAAGCCCUGGCUGCUUCAGAAGAUGGACCACACCCCCCUCCCCCACAGACAGCAGGUCUGAUUGUGCUGGCCACAAUUACUCCUGAAUCAUCACUGGACUCUGGCCAUGAAACCAACUCUUCAGAGCUCACAGACAUGUCAGAGAUGAUGUCUGCCAUGAAGCAGCACCAGAAUACCACCUACUUCCUGGCCCAGCACCUCAACAAGGACCUGCCCUUCCGGAUCCAGAGCUGCGCAGCUCAGGCUGUUCUCACAGCCCCUUACUCUCUUGGGCGUCCAGAUCCCAAUCCAGCUGUCACAGGCCAAAGUCCUGGGCCCCCAGGAGCUCGGAGAAAGCUGCCUCAGUCAGAGGCCCAGGCACAGGGAGAGCGAACAUACUCCCUGGCAGUGCAUCCAGCGCUGUCACCUCAGCUUAAUCAGCUUAGUGAGCAGAAGAGUCUUAGCCUGCUGCCCCCAGUGCCUGAGGACAAAGGGUCUGGCCACACAAGGGCCGGCAUGGAGAUGUCACUGAGGGCAGCCACACCCUCCCUCAGUGAAGAGCAGGUUUCAGAGCUGAGGGAGAACCUGCCCAAGGAGGUCAGGUUGAGCCCCAAACUCAUCCUGGAUCCCAAAGGCAGUGUGACCCCAGCCAUCAUCUCUGCUGCCCUACAGCAGGUGGUUCAUAGUAAGAGUCUAGCUCCUACUGGUGGGACCUUGGGGAACCCUACCGUCAGGGGAGAGAGAAGGCUGGAGGCCAGCAUGGGGAGACCAGAGGUUAGCAUGAUGGGUGGCAGUACCAGUAAGAAUCUGAAAUUUAAAAUGAGCCCCAGUGCUCUAGAGGCUUCACGGAAUUCCCAGCAGCAGCUGGGCCCUGAGGUCUCUUCGAGCCCCAGAGCACCCACAGGCAGCCGGGCCGACAGCCUACAGCUCUCUCCACAAGACGACAGGCUCCCUGUUCAAAGCUUCCCUCCCAAAGGCUAUCUUUCACGAACAGGUCGAGAGUCAGCAGGCAAACAAGCUACAGUGGAGGUGGUCAGCAAGGAUGGGCCAGAGGGAGCCAAGCCUACCUUACACAAGCAGGGUGCCAUCUCCAACCAAGGGGAGAAGGGGCAGCUGGAUAGCACAUCCAAAAGCAGCAAGCUUGAAGACACCAGCCUGGUCCCCCGAGCUGGCUACUCCAUGGCUCUGCAGAGCCCUAGCUGCCAGCCUGGAAGCCACAGCCCCAGCUGCCAGUCCCGAGGCCAGAGCCCCAGCUGCCAGCCUCGAGGCCAGAGCCCACUGAAGCCUCAGGCUACAAGCCGGCAGGUGAGCACCAUGCCUUCCAGGAAGCUUGAAAGCCUGGAUGGAACCCAUUCAGCUUCUGAAGGCCCCACAAAGCCCAAGUCAUCCCGAGGGCCAUUUCGGCUACGCAAUUUGUUCUCUGCCACCUUCCCUACACGCCAGAAAAAGGAGACGGAUGAGCGACAGGCCCAGCUGCAGAAGGUAAAGCAGUACGAGCUGGAGUUCCUCGAGGAACUUCUAAAGCCACCAAGCCAGGGUGAGUUGCCCAGCACCGAAUAUCUGCAGCCUCCCGCACCUGGCCGCUGCAGCUGUCAGCUACGCAGCAGCCCUGUGCAGCAGGGGCCUGGCAUGUCCCGAGAGCAGAGGCGCAGCUGUGACUGCAAGCGCAUCUGCCGGGGAGGCCGGCCACAGACUGCCCAGACACCAGUGCCUGGCCUACGGGGAAGGGAGAGGGACAGGCUCCCCCCUACUCAGAGGCAGCCAGAGGCUAGCCCAGGCUUGAGCCUCAGCAGCCCCAUCAAUAUCCAGCGCAUCCGUUCCACCAGCCUGGAAUCCCGAGAGUGCCGAUCGGAGCCUGAGAGUGGUGUUUCGUGCCUGACCACGUGUGCCUCGGGUGGUGAGUGUCUGGGAGCACCCAACUAUCGAAAACUGAUGCGCCGCUACAGUAUCAGUGAGCUGGACCAGAGUGACAGGGCCUCGCUGACCUCUGAUGUGUACCCGCACCCACCCCUGAGCAUGCUGCCCAGGGAAGCCAAGGAGGUAGAGGCAGGCCUCCCCCUAGGCCUGGGUGCCAAAAGCAAGUCGAUGGAGUCACCAACACUGGGAGACCCCUCAUAUGUCCAGAUUGUCCCUGAAACCAAAGGCCCUGCACACAUGGCUGUGUUCUCGCUACCAGAGGAGGUAUACCGGAAGCCUGCCGAGCUAGACGAAGACAGUGAGAGUAGCAAGUGCUGUUCUAUCCGAUACUGCUUCUACUACCGCAAGUGCGACAUGGCAGAUGAUGCCAGUGAUGGCAAGGAUGAGCUUUCCUACUCUAUCCCCAUGAAGAUUCUGCCAGGCAUGAAGCUGGAUGAGCAGGUAGUACCUGUGGUGAGCCGGACCCUGCAAGUGCUGGACGCAGCCACCUGCAGCAGCAGCCCUGAGGCUUCGGGCACCCAGGAGAUCGACCUGCGGGUGUCCACCUUUGAGGGGAGCCUGGCCAAGAUCAAUGCCCUACGCGCCCAUGCCUAUGGCCUUCCAGAUGGCUUCCUGGCCGCCCGGCUGGACACCAAUGAGCUGCUAACAGUCUUAAGGCAGUGUGUGGCCAGCCCUGAGGCCCGUGCUCCCAAGCCCUACGUCUCUCAGAUCUCUGAAUAUAAGCUGGAGCUAGCUCUCAAGUUCAAGGAGCUCCGAGCUUCCUGCCGCCGUGUGGCCAACGUGGACAAGAGCCCAACUCACAUGCUGGCAGCCAUCACAGGCAGCUUCCAGGUGCUGAGCAGCCUCAUUGAGACCUUUGUGCGGCUGGUGUUCAUUGUGCGCUCUGAGGCCCAGCGCCAGGAGCUGCUGGCCAAGGUGGAAGAGGUGGUGAGGAAUUAUACCUUCCUUUUGCGCGCAGCUGAGGAGUCCACAGCCCGGAACCUUAGCCAGCAACAGCAGCAACAGCAGCAGCAACAGCAGCAGCAACAGCAGCAGCAGCAGCAGCAGCAGCAGCAGCAGCAGCAGCAGCAGCAGCAGCAGCAGCAGCAGCAGGUGGCAGCAGCAGCUACAGGGGCAGCCAGAGGGCAGCCACCAGGAUCCCCAGCUUCAGUGACAGUUAUGAGCACAUUCACCCGCUCCUUAAAAACCCUUAUUAAGUAG